AUGCCCGAACCGUCACAAGCCCGUGUCGACGAUACCGACAGCAAGAGCAGUUGCACCUCCGACGGCGUAUACAGGGCUGACGUGGCGUUGCUUGCCGAAUUCAAAGACUCGCGCCGCCAAUAUAAAGAGGCGCUCGCGCAGCACAAGAUCAUCUUAUGCCAGCAUGUAGCCAUAGCAAGGCAACACUUGCAUUAUCUCCAUCCUCGGAAUGCACCCGUUCCGGAUGAUCCCGCCUUGAUCCAGGUUUCGCUGAACGCCUGCCGGGAGUCAGUGAAGGCCAUUAGGAUGUUAUACCGGCAAACGAACUCCGCGCAUUUCAGAUGGGAGAUGGACAAGACAAUUGAAGAGGCUAUCAAUAAGGGUUCGACCAACGCAGUACGCACCAGGGGUCGUCGAUGA